AUGAAUCGUAUAACUAGUCUGUCUGCAAGCCUACAGCUUGUCGCUCAUUUCAGUGUCUUACUCAUCCGAAUAGUCUGUCUACCAGAUGGCUGUCGGAAAUUUGUAUCCCGAGCGUCUUUCGUCAAAUGUAUGGCGCUGUUUGUUGUGGUAUUCAGUGUUUUAUACAAUGUGCCUCACUGUUUUGAGGCAGUUGUUCUAGAAUGUUGGCACUCUCAUUUCGAAAGCCGUUCACUUGAAGUUUGCCCAGAUCCAUUCAGUUACAUGCUCAUUUAUUACAAAUACAUGUACUCAAUAUUCUUGGCCGUCGGCCCACUGGUUGUAUUGGUGGCUCUUAAUUUAUGCAUUAUUGGUGCUUCAGUAAUUCUCAAAAAAGGUGGUGGUGGUUCAGGCGGCGACACCAUUGCUCUGGUCAGUUUGUUCUGCUUCCAAAAACAACAUUUCAAAAGCCUGGCAAGAUGA